CGUUGAACCUCGAGCGGAAAAAAAAAAAAGAAAAAAAAAAGACGUUGAACAGGACUGGCGCUGGUCUUCUUUACUAGUUCCUCCCCAACCAAUCUGCUCCUGCCACGUGCCUCUCUCACACACAAAAGCACCUCUGCGUAACCAUACUUUCCCUUUCCCUUUCCCUUUCCCAUUUUCCUUUUUAUGCCUUAUAAUUCCCCCACACUUCCUCUCACUCUUACUAAAAACCAGCUAAACUCCAAACGUCGCUCUCUCUCUCUCUCUCUCUCUCUCUCUCAAAUCUCCGAGAGAGUUACUUGGGUUUCUCCUUUUCUGCGACAAGCUCUCGCUUUUCUUGUAGGUUUUGAUAUUUUCUGGGUAUGGAGUCAGCGUCGCGUCAGCGUGGAAUGAAGAGGCAGCUGGUUGAGAUCAGUAAGGGUGGUGACGAGGUUUAUAGGUUCAAGAUAUUACUGCCGAAUGGAACGAGUAUAGGAUUGAAUGUGCGCGAUCCUGGUCCUGAAAUGCCAUUUGAUGAUUUCAUCAAUUUGGUGAAAGAAGAAUACUUUCGGGUUCUGCGACACUCUGGAUCCAUGAAGCAAAAAAGGAGUGUGAACUGGAAAGUUGGUUCUCUAGAUUUUCAAGAUGCCAAUGAUGUGAAGCUAGAAAGAAGCAUAUUUAACUUCAGGAGCUUCAAACCACACAAGUGUUACAUUUUAAGGCUUCAUGAUGGCAGUGGCGAAUCUAGUGAAAUUUUUGAGAAUAUGUGGGAUUUGACCCCUGAUACUGAGUUGUUAAGGGAGCUACCAGAAGAAUAUACAUUUGAGACCGCUCUUGCUGAUUUGAUAGACAAUUCUUUACAAGCAGUGUGGUCAAACCAUAAAAAUGAUCGAAGACUUGUCAGGCUGGAUGUUUCAGAGGAUAGGAUUUCAAUCUUUGAUACUGGCCCUGGUAUGGAUGGAAGCGAUGAAAAUUCUAUAGUAAAGUGGGGAAAAAUGGGUGCCUCGCUUCAUAGAGCUUCAAAGGCACAAGCUAUAGGAGGUAAACCUCCAUACCUAAAGCCUUUUUUUGGCAUGUUUGGAUAUGGAGGACCUAUUGCAUCUAUGCAUUUAGGGAGGUAUGCCAGAGUUUCAUCAAAAACAAAGAAAUCCACCAAGGUGUAUAUUCUACAUCUUGAGAGAGAGGCCUUACUCAGCAAUUCUGGUUCGGAACAUACUUGGAAGACUGGUGGUGGUAUUAGAAAACCUUUGCAAGAGGAAAUUGUGGAAACACGUCAAGGAAGCUUUACAAAGGUAGAGUAUUGCAUCCAUUUGACGGCUACCAAGUGA